AUGGCGACUCUAAUGAACAGGUUAUUCAGGAGCAAGUCUUGCUUCAGUCCAAUUCAGAGGCUUACUCCUUCUCUCAUCACUUACCAGAAGAAGCCAUACAUCGAAUCUGUUUUCGAGAAAUCUGACCCAGCUUCUCUUGCUAAUCCCGUGAUUACGAUCUCCGGGAAUGAUUCCGAUCAAUCUAUGCGGUUUUGUCCUAGUUUCUCCAUGGGCUGCUCUAUGUCGGAUCUAGCUGAAACAGCGUCCUUUGAGGAGAAAGAUGAGAAGAAUAUCGUGAUUUACGCUGAUAGUGUGAAGAAGAAGAGGAAGAAGAAGAUGAACAAGCACAAGUACAGGAAACUCAGGAAGCGUAUGGGUCGAAAAUCGUAG